GCGGGGGCAAAACGUGAGGGGUGAGUUAGCGGGGGGCGGGUGAGUGGUGAAUCCAGUAAUUGUGGACAAAUACUUCGAAGGCUGCAAUGAAUCGCCUCCGCCGAGCCUUUGAUCCCGGGCCUUUCCGCCUCUUCUCCCCCGCCCCUGGCUCCUUCGUCUUCUUCUCCUUCUCCCUGCGAGCUCUUGUCAGUAUUGGCAUUCCGCGGGCUGCUCAAGAUGUCAAUCUUAAUCUCAUUUUAAACAUUCCGCCGUGCCAGCCGAUUGAGAGACGGAUUGGCGAUAAAAUUUCAAUAAUGCGCCUGCCUCCUCUCUCUCUCUCUCUCUCUCUCUCUCUCUCUCUCCCGCCUCCAAAUCCGGCACCAACUCGCAUCUCCCUCCCUCCUGCGCCACCAGGGUCAGUCAAAGUCACCUCUCCACAACCUGAGCUCGGUACGUUUACUCGGAAGUAAACCCUGCACAGUUCCGCAAGGCUUACUCCCAAGUUUGGCGAGCGCGCUUACUCCAAAGUAAGCCCCACGGAGUCCAGUAGGGACUUCAAAGGGGACUCGCGCCAGGGCGAGUGGAUUGCCUCUGCAACGUGACGGCCUCAUCCUGUUCGUGUUUACUAGGAGGUAAGUGCCCCUGAGUUCAAGGGGACUGAGUCCCUGGGUUGCAAUCUUGAUUAGUCAAGUGAAAAUAUGAAACAACAACAACAACAAUAAUAAUAGUGACGCAGCGAUAGCCGUGGGGGAAAAAAAAUCUGCCCGGUCACUCGGCUCUUUCUCCCCAAGGUGCGUCCGCCAAAAGAGAAGUGAGAGUCGCUCCUUGUUUUGUUGGCAUACAAAUUGCAUUUACUCGGAGAGCGAUUUACUCUUUAAAUUGAAUGGCUCUUUUUUCCAGGGAGCUCGUCUGCCUGUCUGCCUGUCUCUCCUUGCUCCCCUCUCCCUCUCUUCCUUCCUUCAAGUCGCACUAGGCUUGUAAUCAGCAACAAAACCUGACAUAAAUCAAGGGAGGAUUGACAGGGGCUGACAAAUAACUGAUUGAUUGCGGUUGGGGAGCAUUGACAACUGAUGAAGGGGAAGAGAGAGAGAGAGAGAGGGAGGGAGGCUCCCCACCCCAAAAAAGCGGGGAGAAAGGGAGACGAGAGCGGCUUAAGGAAGGGCGGAGUGUUGCGAGCAUGUGACGCUCGCCUCUCCCAAUCUCCGUCCAGAGCCUCCAAGAGUCACCGAAGACCCGAUUGGGCGGUUUUUGACUCGUACUUCAGGAGGCAAGAAGCCUAUUAGUUCUUUAGUUUCGCGCUCCCGAAAAAGAACAAAAAUGCUGCGCGAUGGGCAAAGAUUUAGAAAAAGGAAAGAAACCCACGAAAUAAUUUUCCGGUGUGCGGAAGAAGGGGGGCCAUGGGAAGUGCGGCGUCAUUAAUAAGAGGGGAUCAGUGUGGGUAGUGGGGGGACCCUAAAAAUAAUUUCCCUGCCUUUUUGUUUUUACGGAAGGCGAGGGCACUGCGGAGGCCUCUAAGGCACGGCACAAAGCGCGCAAUUGCGCAAACCUACCUCGGGAACUUGACCACCUUGUCGUUUUUCUAGAGGUAUUUACAAGCCUCUUCCCGCUCCCCCCCCCAAAAAAAAAAAGAUCUAGCGCGGUGCGGAGGAAAUACUGGAGGGGAGCGAGUGAGAAAAUCAAUAGCGAGUGGCUUACGUGAAACACAAAAUUGAUGCCCAUCCACCCUGUCCUCAGGAGCAAAAACAAGAGAGGCGGGGAAGGCGAAGGGGAGGAAGGAAGAAAGAAAGAGACCAUUAGAAAAAAAGCCAAAGAAAAGCGAUCGCGGAGGGGGGGGGAGUGGUGGAAAAGCCCCUGAAGAGGGAAGGUGACGUCACAUCCCCUUGACCCUCCAAUCACCUCGGGGUCCCAUUUGAUUGGAAGGCGGCAAAGGCUUUAAUCUCCGACUAAUUCAGCUGCUUUUGAAGUGAGUUCCUCUGCCAGAUCCGACGCUGGAUGGGCAGCGGCUCGCAUCGCAGCUGAACAGGGAGGCGGAGGAAAAAAAGGAGGCGGCCGGCCGGGGAAGAGCCCGCAGCCAGCCAGCCAGCCAAGCAGCCCAGGGAAAGAAGAGGGACUGGGACAGACAGGGGGAAGCAGAGCUCCAGAUCCCCCCCCCCCACCUCUCCACCCCCGUCGUCAGCAGCAGCAGCAAAAAAACACACACGAGGAUUAUUUCUGUUUUGUAGCAUUCUUCCGUUUUGAAUUCUCACGCACCCCUCCAUCAAAGGACUUUCUUUUAAAAAAUAUUAUUAUUUUGGACGAGUCUUCCAUUAUUAUUUUUUAAAUUAAAUAAAGUGCGCGCAUCUAUGUGUGAUCCCUCCUUCCCGUAGAGAUUGGAAGCAGACGCCCUGUUGGGGCUCCUGAUCCGCGCGCCGGGCGCCCCCCCACCCCGCCAGUUUUCAUGCGAGGCUUUGGGUCAUGAUUACAUCCCCCUUGCUUUCUGCCGUAAGAAGUAGUCAGCACGGAGGAGGAGGAGGAGGUGGUGGUGGAGCAGCGGCGGCGGCGGCGGGAGGAGGAGGCGCGAGAGAUCUCGGAAGCAGCAACAGCAACAGCAGCAGCUCCGGCUCUGAUCUUCCCUGGCAAAGCGGACACACUGGGAUUUCUACCAGCGGUGGCAACUGCAGCAGCGGCAGCAACAGCAGCAGCAAACCUUUCUUCCACUCUGUCCCACCCUCGGACCCUUUGCGCCAGGCGAACCGGCUCCCCAUCAAAGUCCUGAAAAUGCUUACGGCACGGACUGGACACAUUUUGCAUCCCGAAUACCUUCAGCCUUUGCCUUCCACCCCAGUCAGCCCCAUCGAGGUAAGGGCGCCGCGAUGUUGGGCGGACGGGUGUCUGUGUUGAGUGAGCGUGUGUGUGUGUGUGUGUGAGUGAGUGAGUGAGAGAGAGAGAGAGAGAGAGAGAGAGAGGCAGAGGAGCACCGCGAGAGACUGACCACCUUCCCGGACGGGAAUCCUUUGUAAAAAGGCGCUUUCCGAUUUCCAGCCGGCGCACCAGCCCAGCCCCCACCCCAACCGCGGGCUUCCCCCGCGUCCGGGCAGCGGAAUUCUGCGCGCGUUUACUCGGAAGUAAGCCCCGCUUCGUGUUUAAUGGAGGUUGCAUGCUCCUAGAAAAGUGCUCCCCAGUUCUGAGAGGUUUGCAAAUUUAAACAACCCUCGUAAUGGUUAUGUGCCCAUUGGUUUGGUGGCCUCCCCCAUAAAGGUGAUUCUGCUGCAAUUAUUGGGCUCCACUUUUCUCCAGAGGAACGUGCAAUGUAAUGCAGAGUCGCGCCCACUCUCGGGUCCUGUCUCAUCGCCCCCCCCCCACCUCAAUCGCCCUCGUCUCCCCGCUUCAUUUCGUGUGCCUUAUCAUUGGAGCAAAAAGCGUCUGUAAUGUAGAUCUAGCGAGCAUUUCGCUUGUUCCCAACGCGCUGCAGUUUGAAAGAAGCAGUUUACCGAUCAUUUAUUUGUGUGUGUGUGUGUGUGUGUGUGUGUGUGUGUGAAAAGGAAAAAACAAGACAUGCUGGCGUGACUUGUAGGUUGGGAGGAGAAUUGCAAGGGAAGCAGAUCAGAUCUUCGGGAUGAUAACGUUGUGGGGUGAUACUGAGGAGCACUGCAGUGGGGCGGCGGCAAAGGGAAGCGGGUGGAAAGCGGAAUGUACGGAAGGAAUAGGAUUUCUUGGCUAUUUCACCGAAACGGCUUCAAUCUCUUUGACUUGGGAUCUGUUUAUAAAUAGUAUCACUGAGGGCUCCACUCAGCUGGAUAAGCGUUGCUUGGGGAGAGCGAAAAAGCUUGACUUCUUACCAACAACGGCGCGGGGAGGAGGUUGCAGCGUUGGGGGAAGGACUGUGGGGAAGCGGGGGGCAAAGUUACUCCCGUGUGACCAGCCUGAAGACUUUCACAUUUUUAGAAAUGCAAAAGUAUUGCCAUAAGUACUAUGCAAUUAUAAAGUAAUUUGCCUUGAUAAAACAAAGAAAGCAUGCUUGUGUGAGCCCAGAAAAAGUGUCCGGGCUGCUGAUUGCGCCUCUCGGUAAUUGCCAGGGGCUUCCGGAUACUUUUGCAACUUUUUUUGUUUCCUUUAAACUGGCACUCCGCCUUUUAUCUCUCUCCCCUCACCCCACCUCCCAGCAAGACCCCCAUACUAAACGUUUGCGUUUCUCCCUCUUUCUCCCCUCGCCCCCACCCCUGGCCUUCUGCAGUUAGACGCGAAGAAGAGCCCGCUGGCUCUCCUGGCUCAGACUUGCUCGCAGAUCGGCAAGCCCGACCCGUCGCCGUCGUCCAAGCUUUCGUCUGUCACGUCGAACGGCAGUGACAAGGACUCUUCCAAGUCGGGCCCGCUGAAGCUCAGCGACAUCGGCGUAGAGGACAAGUCCAGCUUCAAGCCUUACUCCAAGCCCGGCGCGGACAAGAAAGAGGCGUCGGCGGGCGUCGGGGGCUCGGCGGCCGCCUCGGGGGGAGGCUCGGGCGGCGGCGGCGGCGGCGGCAACGAGAAGUCGGGCUUCCGUGUGCCGAGCGCCACCUGCCAGCCGUUCACGCCAAGGACAGGCAGCCCCACGUCCAGCGCCUCGGCCUGCUCGCCCGGCCUGCUGCCCGGCGCCGACGGCAAGGCCGGCGACGCGGACAAGAAGGACUCUUCCGACGGCUGCGGCGCCAAGGCGGGCUCGGAGACGUCCGGGGGCCACGGCCGGCUGGGCGCAGGCUGUGGCGGGAUUACGGCGGAGCUGAGCCAAGCGGCCCACGAGAGCGCCAAGGGCCUCCUGGCGUCGUCGUCGUCGUCCUCCUCGUCGUCGUCCGCGUCGUCGGACUCGUCCUCCUGCGGCGGCAGCAUCACGGUCACGUCCUCCUCGUCGGCCGCGGCGGUGCUGAGUUCGGGCCUGGUGGCCCCGGUGUCCCCCUACAAGCCCGGCCAGACGGUGUUUCCGCUGCCGCCAGCCGGCAUGAGCUACCCGGGCUCCCUCGCCGGCGCGUACGCGGGCUACCCGCCGCAGUUCCUGCCGCACGGCGUGGCGCUCGACCCCACAAAGUCGGGCAGCCUGCAGCUGGCCGGUAGCCUGGGCUGCAGCAAAGCGGCGGGCUCCAGCCCGCUGGCCGGCGCGUCCCCGCCGUCGGUGAUGACGGCCAGCCUGUGCCGAGACCCCUAUUGCCUGAGCUACCACUGCGCCAGCCACUUGGCCGGCGCCGCCAGCGCUUCGUGCGCGCACGACCAGGCGCUCAAGUCCGGCUACCCGCUGAUGUACCCGACGCACCCGCUGCACACGGUGCACUCCUCGCUGAGCGGAGCCACGCCGCCCUCGCUGGCCGGCCACCCCUUGUACCCUUACGGCUUCAUGCUCCCCAACGACCCCCAGCCGCACAUCUGCAACUGGGUGUCGGCCAACGGACCGUGCGACAAGCGCUUCGCCACCUCCGAAGAGCUGCUCAGCCACUUGCGGACUCACACGGCCUUCCCGGGCACGGACAAGCUGCUGUCCAGCUACCCGAGCUCCACCUCCUUAGCCAGCGCGGCGGCAGCGGCCAUGGCUUGCCACAUGCACAUCCCCACCACUGUUGCCCCCGGAAGCCCCGGCACCCUGGCUUUGCGCAGCCCGCACCACGCCUUGGGACUCAGCAGCCGCUACCACCCUUAUUCAAAGAGCCCCUUGCCCACCCCGGGCGCCCCCGUGCCUGUCCCGGCGGCCACGGGACCGUAUUACUCCCCUUACGCACUCUAUGGGCAAAGACUGACGACAGCGUCCGCUUUGGGAUAUCAGUGAGUUUUUUGGGGGCUUCUUUUGAAUUUUUUUGUUUUUGUUUUGGUGGUCGAAAGGGUGUGGGGUGGGGCGCGAGGAAUUUCAAGCAACGGUUCUCGUUGGGCGGGGGAGAGACGGGGAGAAGAACACAAAGCAAACCUUCAAAACUUUCUUUAAAAAAAAAUCCCACAAAAGAACAGAAAAUUGAAAUUUGACUUUUUUUUAUAUAUAUAUAAAGAUAGUGUUCAUCUUGAGGACUGGAUCCAUGGGCACUGUAUUUAUUUAUGUUAGCUUCAAGCGGGACAAUGAAUCAAUAAAAGUGCAUUACAUAACUUCAGCUCGAUAGGCUUAAAGGAGAAAAAAAAAGAGAAAAAAUUAAAGUGGAAACACCCGUUGUAGAAUAUAAAUAAAUAAAACGAAAACGAAAAUAGAGGUCUUCUCUUUAAUGUUACUUUAAAAUUGCUAUGAUUGUAUUGUACCUUCUUAUUUAAUGUCUCAUUGGGGGUGGGGGUGGGAAAAAAAACCCUAAAUGCAUGUCUCUUUUUAAAAAUCAAAAUCAAACAAACAGAAAACCCCUUUACCACUUAACUUGCAAUUUGUCGACUCGAAUUUCAAAUUGCAUUUAUUUUUUAAGAUGUAUGCCAUCGCAGAAAGAGAAUUGGUAUUUUUUUGUACUUAUUCUGGAAGAAAGGAAACCCAACAACGAUUCCAAAAACCUCCAUUUGCCUUAUUUUUGUUCUUUAAAAGGAACACUGGACUAUUUUUUAAUUUUUAAGUCCACCCUGUAGAAGGGGCAGAAGCAAGGAUGACGUCAUGUAUUUAAAAUAAUAGACAAUGUAUCGCUUUAAAAGAUUAAAAUUCCGUAUAUUUGAUGUAUUAAAAAGG